AGGUAAUUUGAAAUGGUAACUUUUUCUAAACCUAUGAUUCGGAAGCAAGAAAUUAAAAUUAUUAAGUUUUACAAAUAAUAAUUUUUUGUGAACUCAUUAUUAGGCUACUAGUGACUCACUGGUGACAUACGAAUUAUUUUACACCAAAAUGCCUGCAGCUGGAGAUGAGGGUUAUGAAGUCUUCGUGAUCUGUCCCUACGACCGAGCACAUGAGAUCAGAAAGGGACGGAUGCAGUUCCACAUUGAAAAGUGUAGAAGAAACUUUCCCGGUUCAGAUCUGGUGGAGUGUCCCUACAACAAAAUACAUAUGAUACCUGAACCUGAGCUCAACUACCACAUAGAGGAGGAAUGUUCAGACAGACGUAAUUGGGAGAGAUAUACUCACGAUGAUGAGGUUGCUGUUUGUCCCGUAAAAGAUCUUGUUCCAGUAAACGCAGCCACCCUUCCCGAUGGUGAUGAGAAUUGGGACAAUUUUGAAGCCCAAGGGUCAGUUCUGAACAACAUCAAAAGUGAAGCCCAAGAGAAACCCAUAUUGCGGAUGCUGCAAGUUGCUUCAAAGGCUUCUCGAAAGAAGUUCAGGAUGGAAGAGCGAAAGCGUCAUGGAGACCUUGCAGACCUUGCGAAGUCAAGUGCUGACUCAAUGAGUGACACUGCAUCUGUUAUUUCAAACAGCAGAGACCCCCUAUCUAGGCCUAAACUCCAACCAGCAGUGUCCAGGCACAAAGCUAAUCCAAACGAAGCGACUGCUAUAAUUUCAAAGAUGAACACAAUUGACAUAAACGCCAAGCCACCAGCAGCCGAUGUCGCCCCGUCAGAGUCAUCUUCAUCAGUAGAUCGUCCGCCCUCCGUCGUUGAGGCUGCUUCUAGCUCUCGCCGCACUUCUACACUGAUGAAUAGUGCACCAUAUGAAGAAGAGAAGACAACUACACCUCAGAUGGCAUUCAGCUACGCAGCAGUUUCAAAGGCACCUGCUGGUAGAGGCAGAGGUGCUUCAGGCCCUUGGGUUCCAUCCCGUCCUGGCUCUGCUAUGAGCAAUGUGUCCAGUGGCACCUACGGCACUGCCAUGUCCAGUACUCCCUCUACGGCACAUCGCCAGUCCGGUGUGGCAUCUCGCCUCGGCAACAUGGCACCUCCGUCAAACGUCUCUAACAACUCUCGUCCAUCCAGCGUCAUGUCCAACUCAUCCUACUCAUCAGCAGUUUUCUUAUCGAAUCCAAACGAAGACGGGUUUUGCCAGGUUCCCAUUCCAGGCCUAGGUCGUGGACGCAAAAAUGCCAGUUAAGCAAUUCGAUGAUCAACCAUUGCACACUGCUUAUGUACUUUUAUUUUGUUUGUAUCAACUAUGGACCAUGUAUUUGUGAGGCCUGUGCCCCUCGGGAGAUGGGGAAAUAUUAAAAUUGUUAGCUUUUGAGGUAAAAUUGUAUUUCAUUGCAGUUUUUAUGACAGUAUCUUUUGUAUGUUUUAGGAAAUAACUAUUAUGUUAAUUGAAACUCGUGGUGGUUUAAUUCUCUUAUGAUUUUAUAAUAAUUAGGUUAAUUGAUAACUAUGCGUUAUGUGAUUGUGGGACGUUUAGUUUCAGUAGAACAACGCAGUACUACUAACCAAAAAAUGUAUAUGUGUUAAAAGAGUAAUCUCUGCCCUCUCUCUGUUUUAUUAGGUUAGUUUUAUAUUCACUGUGGAUACUAAGAAAUCCACAGAAGUUAAGUUUUAUUUAGAUUGUGCUCUUGAAAUGAGAGGGGCUGUGUUUAGUUUAGAUAAUAAGUAUGCUCUUGUUUUUCAAUGAAAGUGAUCUUUAUAAGAAGUAUCUUAGGCACCAUACAUUUAGCCCUUUUACUUACGAAAUGCAACAUCUAAGGAAUAUUGUAUAUAACCAUGUAAGUAUCCAUGUAAGUGUAAAAGAUGCCAAAUACCAGUUCCCAUUGAUUAAACCCCACCUGUUUUGCCCUUGCACUUACCAAAUGCAUAGUGAAAAAUCUAUUGUAUAUAACCAUGUAAAUAAUUAAUCUGAUAAAGAAACCAAUGCAAUUUUUUGUACAAUGACAGAUAUUGAACGUUAGUUUCUGUUUCAUCAGUAUUUUUUUUUACCCAUCAAAAUGUUUUAUUUUUCCUAAUUUUACCUGAAAUUAAGUUGAAGGUUAGUAAUGUUUUAUUUGACCUAGCCGAAAUUAAUUUGAAAACCUAAAAACAUUGUCAUUGUCAGUGCAGAAGUAUCGGUUUAACCCUGAAAAAUAAUUAUUAUAAAAUUCACAUCCUUGCAUUUGGUAGAAUAUAACAACUUUAUAGUAAGCUACAGAAGAGCCUUUUGUUGUCUGUUUCCAUUUUAUCUUUAAUGUGUUGUGGAAUAGCUUUGUUUAGAGGUUAAAUCUUAACUAUGUCUUUGUAUCAAUAAUUUUUUUCUCUGGUGACUGGUGAAGUUAGAAUUGUUACUUUAGUCAUCAAAGGGACAAUCAUACCACGUUCAACAUUACAUUAAACAUAGGAGAUGACUUUUUCAUCAACAUGAGGGUAUAACAAUAAAAAUACAGGUGGUAACUCUUGAAGACAGCUAUCCCCUUGAUUUUAAUUAAUGUUUAGUUAUUAAAGGAUUAGUUUAAGUAAACAUACUCUUGUUUCUUUACCAAAUAAUACAAACUGUAAUUGAUAAUGUCAAUAAAUUUUCAUGUUUUGAA